UUUCUGUGAUAUAAUCAUGAAAUCUAUCCUUUUGACUUUUGCAUGCACAGGACAGGAGCAUCUCUAGAACUGAUGCUUUCUGCCACACAUGUUUAAACUGAUUUCAUUCUGGGGCCUGUGCUCUGUGUCCAGGAGCUGUCCAGGGCACAGAGAACUAGAACAGAGGCCACCCAGCCCAUGUGAACUUAGAAACAGUGGAAAUCAGAAUAUUUUAAAGUGGUUCAUGGGUGCUGAGUGAAGAGAAAACUGGAGCAGGGGAGUGGGAGCAGGGCUCCCUGAGACAUUGUCCCAAGGAAGGUGGUGAUGGUGGGUGUGAUUGGUAGGGUAUCCAGGCCUGUGUGGCUGCUGUUCUAGGGGCAGGAUACAAGUUAAAGGGCAAGAGCCCAAAGCAGGAGGACUGGCUGAGCAGGAUCAACCCAUGGCCAUGGUCAACCUCAGUUCUCCUCUAUUUCCUUGACAGUGGGGGACCUCAUCUGACACCCUUAGGGGAAGAGGCAGUGAGUUGAUGCUCCAGGAUCCCCAGCCACUCAAGCCUUGGGAGCUGGGCAACCACUCCUGCUGACCCAUGCGGGACUGAACUUCCCUCAUGUGGUCGCCAUAUCCAAACCCCGGCAGCCAGGAGGGUAGGUGAUGGGAAGGGCUGUGGAUUCCUGGCCUGCUGGACAGUACUGGACCAGUGCCCAUACCCCUCUGUACCCUCAGCACAUACCUAGGUGAGGGAGGGAGGGAGAAUGGGCAGCAGCCAUGCCUGCUCCACCCCAUGCUGUGGGUGAAAGUGAUGAGUUUCCUGUGUGCAGGGUGGGUCAGCUGGGCCCAGAGGAGGAGCCAGAUGCCCACCCACACAGCACAUUUGCAUGAUCACAUGCAGAAAGCAUACAUGUGCCACUGUCAGAGGCAGGGCUAGAGGGGGCACCUGUACCAGGUGACUUUGCUGUAAUCCAGGCCACCAGCCCUAUGGGCUGGCCUGGGUCCACCAGUGGCCUUAAUCACUUUUUUUUUUAACUUAUUUUUUUUAGGGCCUCAGGUGUGGCAUGAGGAAGUUCCCAGGCUAUGGACUGAAUCACAGCUGCAGCUCCAAGUCUAUGUCACAGCCAGAGCCAAGCCUGAAACCCACACAAAAACUUCUAGGAAUGCUGGAUCCUUAACUCACUGAGCAGAAUUAGGGGUCAAAUCCACAUCCUCAUGGAUACAAGACAGAUUCAUUCCCAAUGAGCCACAAUGGGAACUCCCAGGUUGCUAUACUUUAGGAGGCUCUUGGUGUCAGUGAAGCUACAGAGGCCCCCACAAACCCACCCCUCCCUGUAGGAAGGUGACUAUGCAGCCUGCAGACCCCACCCCAGGCCCAGACAGGAAAUUCUCAAGCCCACCACCAUCAAUGUCCACUGCCUCCAUGGACCUGCUUCUCCCUAAGUGGAUGACACAGAUGACCCCAGGGAAAAUGUCAUGCCAGCUCUUUUGAGGCCUGCUUGGGCAGCUUUAAAAGUUCACCUGCAGAGUAACUAAGCAGCAGUAGCUAGAAAAACUGGAAAAAAAUGUUCAAGAGGGGAGGCCCUGGCAGCUAAGAAGAUAAACCUAAUAGAAGGCUAACAUACAUAGGAAAAGUCUUGCUAAGUCAGACAAAAUCCUAGAGGCUACUUAUAAAAAGGGACAGGUUCAAAACACACAGAAGUCAAGUAUGUGCAUGGGGGCCCCUCAAUGAAGUAAAAGAAAAUUUGAAACUGAAAAGACAUUUGCACUUCUAAAGUCCUUAUUGAGUGAGGAAUUUCUACAGAUAAACUUUAUAAUGGCAAACAGCUGGGAAAUGAUGUGACAUAUAGAUCACAACACAAAGGGAGGAGAGAGAAAAUAUGCCUAUUGACCUCACUACUAAGAAAUAUGCAGAUGGAGCGCAAAAGCCCUGACAGCAGGCACUUAGCUCAACAGCUUUUAAGGUCAGAGCUGGGAGGAAAGGUCUGAGGGUCAGGAGGUCUGAGAGAGUGAAGCUGGGGUCAGUGGAGCACCACAAAUACCCUUAUUUAUAACCACAGGCAGAGGUGACUGACAGGACCUCCACAUGGGGGAGCAGCAAGGGCCUGGGGCUCCCCCUGGGCUCCUGGGUAUUUGCCAAAUGGAAAGACCCGAGAGCUCCAAAAUAAGGACCUUUAAUAAAAUCAUGAUAGAUCCAUAAUGCACAUGUUGCACAGCCACUGACACUGGCCCCAAGGUAAUGAUAGUCCCUAGUGUUGGUAUAAGUGCAAAAGCUCUGCAGUGUCCUGUGGGCAGGAACAGAGCACGACUGUGAUACCACCCCCCGCCAAGGGGUGCUGGACACCUGGGGAGAUGGGCCAAGGGACAGUGGGACAAGGCCAGGCCUCCUGGGGGAGAUCAGUUUGGUCACAGGACCCUCCCCAGAAGGCAAGAGCUUCCAGGUAAGGGGCUCAGGGCUGAUGCUGACCAAUGAGAUGGCCCCUCAUGGAUGGAAUGGCAGUGACAUCAUAGUUCCAAUGCUGCCUGGCAGCCACUCUGCUUCGUGUCCGAAGGCAGUUGGGAGCCCUUGUGGUCUCUGACCUUCUCUGGAGAUUGCCUGUCUAUCCUGUUCUGACCCACUGUCCCCCUCAUCCACCUUGUCAUUGUUUCUAGAGGAGAGGCGCACCUGCAACAGCGAGAGCUCAGAAAGGUGAGCAAGAGAGGCACCCUCAUCCCUAAUGGGCACCUUGGGCACAGAGGCCACUUGGCAGGUGACCCCCUUCCCCAUGAGCUGUGGCUGAGCUGACACCAACACUGGAGCACAGAAGGCAGUUGGAGGCCCUUGUGGUUGCUGACCUGCUCUGACGCUCGCUUGCCUGCCCGCCCUGCUCUGACACACCUGAUCCCCACACCUUCCUGGUUGACUUAUUAUCAUUUUGAGAGGAGAGGCCCAUAUCCAACAGUGAGAGUCAGAAAGGCAGUUGGAGGCCCUUGUGGUCUCUGACCUGCUCUGACACUCGCCUGCCCUCCCUGUUCUGACCCACCGACCUGAACCUGGGUCCAUUUGUACAGCAGAGACCAGCUCUAACAGCAAGAGGCCAGAAAGGCUACUGGAGUCCCUCAGAGUUGCUGAUCUGCUCUGACACUCACUUGUCUGCCCACCUGAUCCUCACACCCGCCUGGUUACCUUUUUACCAUUUUGAGAGGAGAGGCCCAAGUCCAACAGUGAGAGUCAGAAAGGCAGUUGGAGGCCCUCGUGGUCACUGACCUGCUCUGACGCCUGCUUGUCUGUCUGCCCAACAUUCUCUGGCCUACUUGAUCCCCCACCCGACUGGAUACCUUGUUACAAUUUUGAAAGGAGAGGCCCACAUUCAACAGUGAGUGAGAAAGGCAGGUGGAGGCUCUUGUGGUCACUGACCUGCUCCUGAAGCCUGCACAUCUUCUGGCCCUGAUCGAACCCACCUUAUCUCCACACCCACCUGCUUACCUUCUUACCAUCUUGAGAGGAGAGGCCCACAUCCAACAGGGAGCAUAGAAAGGCAGUUGGAGGCCCUUGUGGUCACUGACCUGCUCUGAUGCUCACUCACCUGCCUGCCCUGCUCUGACCCACCUGAUCCCCACACCCGCCUGGUUACCUCGUUACCAUCUUGAGGAGAGGCCCACAUCCAACAGCGAGAGUCAGAAAGGCAGUUGGAGGCCCUGUGUUCUCUGACCUGCUCUGACGCUCGUCCAUUUCUCCACCUCUCCCACCCCAUCCCUGGGUGCAUUUCCACCAAAGAGGCACAGCUCCAGCAGCGAGAGGUCACAAAACAUCAAACAUGGUGAAGCUGGAGACUCUGCUGGCCCUGGAACGAACAGAAAUAGUGGCCAAGUAUGAGCAGGGGCACCAGUCAGGGUCUCCCGCGGACCCGGACCCGUGGGAUGAUUCUGACCUCUCGUGCUACAAGGUCACCUACAGAUGGGAACAGCCUGGCCUCAGUACCCAGGGCCUCAGCAUCCAUGGCCUCAGCACCCACAAGGCGAGGCAAAGAGCCCAGGACAUUAGGCGAGCCACUAAGUGGGUGAAGAUGCUGAGGAACUGGAGUAAAUACCAGGGCAGUCGAAAGAUGCGCCGGCGAGUCUACAAGGGGAUCCCCCCACAGGUGAGAGGACAGGCAUGGUCUCUGCUCUUGGAUCUGGAGAAGGUGAAGGUGGAGAACCAAGGGAAAUACCAGGCAGCAAGCCCUCUUCAAUGUGCUCACAGCUUACUCUGUCUACAACACAGGAUGAGAGUUCCCAGCAACCCAAACUCCUGCGUGGCUCCCUGGAGGUGGCUCCGCACCCCACCUGCACUUUCCAGAAUAUUCCCUCAAGGAGCACCAGCUGAGAUGACCACACAGGAUGACCAAAGUGGGGUCUGCGGCUGCUCCACCACCACCAUGGCCCUCCAAGCCCCACAUAUGCCUGAGGUGGGCUACUGCCAUGGCAUGAACCAGAUUGUCGCCAUCCUGCUCAUGUUUCUUAAUGAGGAGGAUGCUUUCUGGGCACUGGCCCAACUGAUGGACAACAAAAGACAUGCGAUGCAUGGCUUCUUCAUUCCGGAGUUCCCGAAACUUCAGAGAUUGCAGGCCCAUCAUGAUAAGAUUCUGGAGAGGACUCUCCCCAAGCUGAAGAGGCACCUGGACAAGGAAUACAUGUACACAGAAAUUUAUACUAAGCUGUGGUUCCAACAUUGCUUUAUUGACCAGACACCUUUCUCACUCACACUAAGACUAUGGGAUGUAUACAUCCUGGAGGGGGAGCGAAUGCUCACAGCCAUGGCCUAUACAAUCAUCAAGCUGCACAGAAAACACCUCCUGAAGCUGCCCCUGCAAGGCCUGUAUGAGUUUCUUCAGGACAAGAUCUCCGGGCCCUGGGCCCUAGAGGAUGAUGCAGUGAUCAAAAAGCUACAGGCAUCAAUGGCUGAACUGCACAGGAAGAAUUGGGACCUGCCUCCCCCAGCAAAACCUGAGGAGUUCCCCACGAGGACCCUGGGCCUGGAGCGAUCAUCCCUGGAACCCAAGCCUUGCCCAACCAUUACAAGCAUAAAGGAACUCUCUGUAGAGGACGGGCCUGACCUCCCUGGCCCACCUGCUAAGCACCAGCAGCCUGGACCCUCACACGGCCAGGCCUGCCUAAAGGCUGAGGAACACCAGCAAGAGCGGGCCAUGGUACCACAACUCCGUUGGAGGGCCCGAGAGCCACCACGUCUGGCCUGCCCAUUUCCACCCCUGGACAUACCUCAGGACCGGAUGUGGCCGUGGAGAUGGGCUUCUCUUCCCAACAUCCCCAAGAACUAUGAGUGUCCCCUCAAGUGGCCAAUUGAUAUAGGAUUCGAGCCCGAGUGUUGGGACCUUUGCCCCUCAGCACGGGCCAAGGUCGCCCUCAGGGCCACAUUGCAGGCCUAGCCCUGCAGUCCCACCAAGGCCCCAGCCACAGGUCCUGCCCAGGCCCACUGAACACGCAGCCACGUGGCCCAGGACACCCCUCCUGACCCAUAGCAAGUGCAGCCAAUGCCCCUCCCAGGGCCGUGAUCAGCACGACCAAGAUAGGAUACGUGAUUUCAAUUGCAUUACAAAUUGUAAUGCUACUCCAUCGUUUUGCAAAUGACUCUCUGACAUUAUCUAUGACAUAAAGGGCAUUUGUGAUGAAGUUUUUGA